ACUCAAGUCUGACGAGGAAACAUCACGUGAUCCCUUUGCGAUUAUUUCUCCCCAGUUUUCAGGUCCGUUGCAGGUUGGAGUUCAUUCUAAAUCGUCUGGCGUUAAGUCGUGUACAUUGCUGCAAGUGUAAAGGAGUACGCGGUGUGGACACAAACAGUGAGUUUGAUGUGUUAAGACAGACGCUACGGGCCGCAGCCAUUUUACGACGCGCGCAAGUCCCUUUUUUGCUAUUAUUUGCAGCUACUGCCUUUUGUGACUGUCAGGACUUGGUUAUAGUGACCGCUGACUUCACAGACUCACUUUAUGUGUUAGCUGCACAGAGGUGGAACAUGAGCGCCUUCAUGAUUCUCACGACAGGCCAGAAGAUGCCCACGGUUGGCCUCGGUACAUGGAAGAGUGCCCCGGGACAGGUGAAACAGGCCGUGCUGACAGCUUUGGACUGCGGCUACAGGCACAUUGAUUGCGCGGCAGCGUAUUGCAAUGAACAGGAGGUGGGAGAGGCUCUGGCUCUCAGGGUCGGUCCGGGCAAGGCUUUGCGUCGUGACGAAGUGUUUGUGACGUCUAAACUGUGGAACACCAAACACGAGCCCUCAGAUGUUGAGGAAGCAUGCAGGACCACCCUGGCCCACCUGGGUCUCUCCUAUGUGGACCUCUAUCUGAUCCACUGGCCCAUGGCCUUUCAACCGGGAAAGGAGCUGAUGCCUCGACGGGAAGACGGAAGUGUGUGUUACUCAGACAGACACUAUACGGACACUUGGGGCGCCAUGGAGGACCUCGUAGACCGAGGCCUGGUCAAGGCCAUUGGGCUGUCCAACUUCAAUACCAGGCAGAUGGAUGACAUCAUCAGAAUGGCCAGACACAAGCCUGUGGUAAACCAGGUGGAAUGUCAUCCAUAUUUGUCCCAAGCAGAUCUGCUGGCUCACUGUCAGUCAGCGGCAGUCUCCUUGACAGCCUACAGUCCUCUGGGCAGCGGGGAUCGACCCUGGGCCUCUGCCGAGGAGCCUUGUCUCCUGCAGGAUCCCCAACUGGGAGAAAUAUCUCAGCGACUCCACAAGACACCUGCCCAGAUCAUACUCAGGUGGCACAUUCAGAGGGGCGUCGUGUGCAUCCCCAAAAGUGUGACCACCUCCAGAAUCCAUCAGAACCUGCAGGUUUUUGACUUUUCCCUGUCAGAGGACGACAUGCAGCUGAUUGCCGCUUUAAAUCGCGGCCAACGCUUCAUCGCCCCAACAGUCGAGAGGGAUGGCAAGAGACUUUGGAGAGAUGCUGAACACCCUCAUUUCCCAUUCAAUGACCCUUACUGAGUCAAUAUUACCUGUACCUCAUGUGCAUUUUGUCAUUUAAUAUCGCAAAAUCAAAUUGUAUGAUUACUCAAGUCAUCUAUGUGAUAAUUAGUACACGAAUCGAUUCUGAGAAUUUUCAGUAUUAUAUAUUGUAGUUUUGAAAAUCUGCUUCCUCACACCUUUCUGUUAAAGGUUUUAAGACAAAUGGUUAAGGAUUUUACAUUUUGGGGUGGCCCAUGACCCUGUAUCCCACCAGAAUAGAUCGGAGCUUCCUUUAGUAAGAUGACCAUUCUGGAAGCAGUUACUAAAGGCUCAUUAAUGGGAUGUUUAAUCAUAUACCUUGAUACAAAGCAGAAGGGGGGGGGGGGGGGGGGAAACAAUUUUUGCGCUUUAUUCACUGUUUUGAAGGGAGACCAUUACAAUUUUUAGUCACCAAUUACUUUAUCGACACCCACAUUUCACUGUGCCUUCCUGUUAAAAAGAUUUUUAGGGCUGUCAGUUAUAUUUAGUAUAUGCCAUGGGCUUUUUAAAAAAGGUGUGGACGAAAUUAGUUUGGACACACCUGAAGUAAACUUUUCCCCAACAGUAAACCACAUAAUGCCUCAGUAUUGCUCUGCAGACAACAAUAAACCAUAUGUUGCUGUACA